GGCAUCGGCCAGCUCGCGCUCCGGCCCGACGGGAGGGUCUUGGCGACCGCGGGCUGGGACUUCCGCGUGCGCCUCUUCUCCGCCAAGGCGCCCAAGUUCAAGCCCCUCGCCGUGCUCAAGUACCACGACGCCGCGGUCAACGCGCUCGACUUCUCCGACGACUCGCGGCUGCUGGUCACGGGCUCCAAGGACCAGAAGAUCGCCCUCUGGGACGUC